AUGGACUCUUCGUCCAUAACCUCUAAUACCCCCAACUCCUCCCCCUACUUCAAUUCUCUCCUCCGUCGCCGCCAACAAAAGAAAAUGAGUAUCACUCAAACAUACUACCUCGCCCACACCGCCCGGAAGAAGCUCACUCGUGAAGCUUCCCGGGCAGACCACGACCUGCGCCUGCUCGUUGGCCACGCAAACCUCCUCGACUCGCUGAUGUUCGACCUCGCCGAUGCUGAGCGUGAACAAGAACGCUGGUUCAACCACACUGUCAGCGGAGCCACCAAGGCUUCCUCUUCUUCUACUUCUUCUCGUCCCCACAUUCAAUGGGCUUCGACGGUGGUCGAAGAGCCCGAGGAGGACUGGGACCCGGAGGAUGCGUCCGAUAUGGACUCCGAAAUCAGCGACAGCGACGACUCCGACUACGACGAAUCUGAAUUCGUCGUCAACACUCCUCCUGUACGCCGCCGCGCUCCAUCGCCGGCGGCCCACUUUCAAGAGGACCUGCUGGAGGAGGAUGACGAUGGCGAUGACACUGACUCGGACUUUGAAUAUGACGAUUCGGAGGAUUUGGAUGAGCUGAGCUUGACUCGCUCACCCUCACGACAGUCGCCACCUGAACUCGCCGAUUCAGACGGAGAGUCCGAGGAUGAGGCGACACCGCCCUCCCCACCCCAGCCUACGCUGGAGAUUUUUGACAAAAAGGAGCCUGCAACUACGGCCAUUGCCUUGGCAGGCUCUGAUCAACCCCACCUUUUUGAGCAAGGAUAUUUUGGUACACAAGAGCAGACCAUGAUCGAGGCUUACUGA